AUGUCACGGAAACCCAACAUGUUCGACCGGCCAGCAGCACAACCAGGUCCGUACGGUCCAAACAACCCUCCACCGCCUCCGUCCGAGCCCCCACCGCGUGGACCCAGGGAACGCGAGAACGUGGGUCGAAGUUCCGACGAUGUGGACAGCGAGAGAAUGCAAGGUCGACGCCGUCCGCAGCUAGCUGUGCGAAAACGAGAUUACGCACGGGCGGAAGAAGAACUGCGAGUGAGACAGCGAGAUCGUGACCGUAGUCGUUCGCCUGCCCGGCGUCAAGAUCCGCGAGAUGAGAAAGAUUGGCGUGGUGAGCGGGCACGGUAUCGAGAGCGGUCACCGCUGCGUCGGGAGCCAGUCGAUGUGGAGCCGCAGCGAGAGGACCGGAAGCCGGAGAAGGCAGAGUACCAGCGGUGCUUUGCUUGUAACAAGAAAGGGCAUAGGGUUGCUGAUUGCAAAGCCGCCUUCACUGAUAAGAAGGGUUGCUUUCGAUGUGGAGAGCAGGGACAUAUUGCUCGUGCUUGCAAGGUUCGAGUUGGCCAGAUCAAGACUGACGCUGAGGUGGCUGCGGAUGGGGCGAAAGCUAUGGCCGGCCGAUACGGUGGCCGCGAUGACGAUAGGCAUUGGUCGCCGAGACAAGAUGCUGCCUUCCGAAUUAGUCGCACGAGAGAUACCAGCCGACUGGAAGCUCACAUCCAGCAAGCGUACGGCCAAGAUCAAGAUGCGCAGCAACACCAUCAGGAGCACUUCGAUGAGGCGCCUUCGCGUUCAGAGUACUUCGUCGAGGACGAAGUGGACUGGGACGACGACGCUUUAGAGACGGCCCAUGUUGCUCCCGCGGUAAGAAUGAGUACAGGUCGGAAGAUGCCACAGCCUGAGUAUCCGAGGCAUGAGGAGCCUUACCGCCAUUACGAAGGUCCAGAAGCGCAUACUCCGACCGUUCAGCAUGCGCCAAUUCAGUCGGUGCACCGCAGAUCCAGCCAAACGCCCAGUACAGCAAAGUCAGCCAAAGAGCCCAAGUUGGGCCUGCCGCACCUCCAAAACGCCGAUACAGCAGAGUUUCCACCGACCGUGCACGAUCUCCGCGGCUACGAUUACCGUAUCUUCACCAUGUACGCGAGCAAGCCCAAGGCUCAGCGCUUUAUCAACGGCGCCAACGGCAAGAUCGCACCGGGCAUGUACGGCUCCGAGCAGCGCCACGAUCUGGGACUUUGCUUCACUACAUACCUUACGAAGAAGCGCUGUGAGAUGGGUGUCAAGUGUCCCUGGCGCCAUCACCCGCUUUCGAACUUUGAGAAGGCUUGGAUCAUUAAGUAUGGCAAACAGAAGGGAGAAGAGUUCCUCGACAACGUAGAUCGGUGGUGGAACUUCCCCGAGACACCGGUGCCGGGUACUUCUAUGGACGGCCUAGGUGACGAUAAGAACUAG